AAUUGUUAUACAUAUGUAGUUUAUAAUUACAGUUAUAUAAUUAUAAGCAAUAAUCGAAUUAUUAUAACAUUCGAAUGAUACACUUUAGCCGCUGCGCUAGCCUACAGCUGACUUCUUACAACCGGAUAUAAUAAAAAUAUUAACCUUAAAUUCUAAGGUUAAAGAUUUCAUAAAAUUUGAAUUAAAAAUUAAUUAAAAUCGAUUAUUAUCGUGAGCAAAUUUUAUUAUUUAUAAAUGGAAUCCAAAAUAUUUCAAGGUGUUAUAGAUAGGUAUAAUGGUAUUACAGUUGAUUCGUUGGAAGAACCUUGUGAAAAUAAUAUUUUUCCGACUAAGCUAAUUGAUUCCCUCAACAAAUGGUCAGACGAAAAGAAGAGGUGUGUAUGGUUCAAAGUGAACAUCAAAGAUGCUGCUUGGGUGCCCAUAUUAGCUAAUGAAGGUUUCAACUUCCAUCAUUCCAGAGAUAAUUUUGUAACAAUGUACAAAUGGCUGCCAACGGACAGUAAGUCUAACUUGCCGCCAGCCAGUCACACAAACCUGGGUGUUGGCGGGCUGGUAUUGAAUGAACAUGAUCAGAUAUUAGUUGUGAUUGAACAACACACUGAGUUUGUUCAUUGGAAACUUCCUGGGGGAUAUGUUGAGAAAGGAGAGGACAUUAAAGAUGCAGCAAUUAGGGAGGUGAAGGAAGAGACGGGAAUAGACGCCACAUACGACACAAUGGUUACACUGAGGCAUACCCACAACAUGUCGUUCGGAAACUCUGACAUAUAUGUAGUAGUGAUGUUGCGAGCUGUUUCGAAUACCAUCACCAAAUCUGACGAGGAGAUAGCUGCAUGUAAAUGGAUGGAUGUGCAAGAAUUCCUUAACCAUCCUAAUGUCCAUGAAUUUAACCGUUUCAUAGUGAAUCAAGCCAUGGAUUUGAAAAAUAGAAAAUUAAAAUUAAACUUAAAUCAGCAUGUUAUACAUAUUGGGAAGAGGAUGAAGGAGAUGACUUCAAUGGUUCUAGAAGAUGCGUUAUGAUUUAGGCGUUUAGUAAAUUUAUAUUGUGUAUUGGGUUAAUAUUUAAUGAAUAUAGAUUUUAUAUCUAUAGGCAGCAAUAGUAAGUAAAUAUUUAUGUAUGGUUUCAGAACUAAAUAGCUUGGUUUUGGUAACUUAUCUCAACAAAUAUUGAUUUCUUAUGUUUACGCGAAUGUUAGAAAUUGAAAUUAAACUACUUUUCGGAUUCUAUCGCCGGUUUUUAUAUUUUAGUUUCCUCCUGACGUUUCGAAGACUGCAGCCUUCAUGGUCCCCCCGACAGAGUCUCCUUCGUGACCAUGAAGGCUGCAAAGUCUACGAAACGUCAGGAGAAAACUAAAAUAUAAAAAACCGCGAUAGAAUCCGAAAAGUAGUUAUUUCAACCAAUAUUAUCUUACGUGAUGGUUAAACAAUAUUGGUAUUUUUACACACACACUCACAGCUGUGAUCCCGAAGGGGUAGCCAGAAGCGCAAUUGGUGCACCCAAUUUCCGCCUAGCGUAUUCACUCCCAUGUGGCGAUAGAGAAGGCCGGUCACUGCCCGACCCGGGGAUCGAAUACCAGACCUCAGCACUGCAGUCAUACUGUUGUAUAUUUUUAGUAUAAGCAUAAUCUAGUUCGUACCGCGUUACUACUUGGCUUGCGAAGCUCUGAUACAUUGUCUGCUUUAUUAUAUGUAUAAUUUACUAUAUUAUUACUAUUUAAUAUUAGUAUCAUUUAUACUUCUGCUUCAGGCAAUAACCGAAUACUGAUAAGAAAUCAGGGUGAAACGGGAUACACAUUUGUAUAAAUAAGAUAUAUUCUAGAAUAGUCCAGAUUGUGAUAUCUAAUACGUAAGAAUAUUGUGAACUCUCAGGAAUAAUGGUAAUAGAUGCAAUUAUUAGUUUUAUACAAUCUUUUAGUUACGUUUAACUACAUAUUGGGUGUUUUUAUGGAGUAUAUUAUUUUUAUGCUGAUGCUACACAUAGACAAACAUUUGAACAAAGACUUUGCCACAUAUUUGAACACAGUUACAGACACUGACCAAAUUUAAUUUUUUAUGGCUUUUUCUUUUAGGUUUCCAUAUAAUCGAUUCGCCUUCAAGCAACUCGAUAACUGAACGCUUAGAUGUGUGGUCGAAAAACCGAUACCGAAUGGCAAAUACGCAAACAUUUAAACAAAUUUACGCAAAUACCCGUGCCACACAUGAGUUCGAACAAGUGUUCAAAUAUUAUUGCUAUGUGUGGCGCCGGCAUUAUAAUGGUCAUUAUGUUUGUUAUGAAGGGCAAAAUAUUUUAUCAAUUAAUUUAAUUUUAUGUUGUUAGUGCGGCUAUUAUGUUAUUGAUUGCAGA